UCUGACCUGCUGGCUUACUCCCACCGGCAGCAGCGAUGCAGAGGAAACACAGUGAAGCGGCCCCGGCGUCAACCUCCACACAUUAACUGGACCUUAAUUAUUAAAGUUACGUUUUUAUUUCUUUGUACAUGAGAAGUCCCGGAGCUGUGGGGUAUGGUGUUGCCUCCUGAAGCCGGAUAAUCAGACGCAGAGGCCGGCGGCGGCGGCGGCAGGGAGGGAGGGAGGGCUAGCUGGCUGACUGGAGAGGAGAGAACUGAAGCCAGGGCUACUGACUGAAUCUCUGCUUCCGUGGGGGAUUUCACCGGGACAUUUUUGGGAUAUUCGGGCCGUCUUUGAGCAGGUUCUCCCGGCUGUGGUGGUGGACUUCAGGGGCGUUCGGUCCUUGAUGCCCCGGAGGCCCGGAGGAACUCAGACUGCGGAGCCCCGGAGCAGGGCUCGGACACUGGGGGAGUAGAGGAGGAGUCAGUCUGUCUCUCUGAUUGGACCCCGGCAACCCCCGUCCACCAUGAACCCUCUGAACCAGAUGAAGGCUGGACUGGCCAACAACCCACACAGUGAGGGCUCGUACCCCUAUGACCCCUCCAGCUGGCAGCAGCCCACCAAUCAGCCCACAGGAUCCCUCUCCGUGGUAACCACCGUCUGGGGAGUGACCAAUCCCUCGGCCAGCCAGGGUCUGGGUGGAGGGGUGAUGGGGCCCGGGGCCAACCCAGGAGGGGGGCCGAUGAUGCAGGGCCCCGGAGGUCCAGGCAUGGCCGGUGGGCCCGGCGGCUACAUGGGUCAGCAGGGCUACGGAGAGCCCAGCAAGGGCUACAUGAACCAGGGCAUGUACGGCCGGACGCCCGGCGGCUACGCUGGAGGACCGGGGGGGUACACAGGGAGUUACCCGUCUAACCCUGGCGGCUCCAGAGGUUCUGCUGACUUCACUCAGGCUGCCGCCGCAGCCGUCGCUGCUGCUGCUGCCACGGCAACCGCUACCGCCACGGCAACCGUCGCAGCCAUCCAGGAGAAACAAAACCAGGAGAUGAACUACGGACAGAUGGGGGGUCCAGCAUACAACAACCAGUUCAUGGCCCACUCCAGCCCCCGCGGCCCCCCCGGCAUGGCUCCUGGAGGUAUGGGCCCCGGUCCAGGCCCCACCAGGGGUCCCCCCUCAAUGGGCCCCAUGUAUGGACCUGGAGGGGGCCCACAGAGGGUCCCUCAGCACCCAAACUAUGGUCCUGGACCACAGCAGGGCCACCUGAGGCCCCCGCAGGGCCUCAAACGGCCCUACAACUCUGAGUCUUUCCCAGGAAUGUCUCAGCAGUACGGCGUUCCCGUCGGCUCCAGUGUCAACGUGAUGUCGGGCCCCGGUGGCGCCGGUGGCUCGAUGGCGGGUUCAGGUGGAGGCGGUCACGCCGGGCCGGGUCCGUACUCUGGACCCAACAUGCAGUACCACCCAGGUCCUGGUGGUCCAGGCCCCGCCCCCCAGCGCUCGGGCUCCUCCCCCUCCUAUCAGAGCCAUAAAAUGCCCCUCCCACAGUACCCCCCCUCUGGCCCCCCCAACUCACAGUACUACAAGCAGGACCAGUUUAACGGUCAGGGCGCUGGAGGUCUAAACGCUCUGACAUCAGGCGGCGGCGUCUACAGCUCCUUCAACCAGCCGUCUGGGCCUGGUCGAGGGUUGCCAGGUUACCCUUCCUCUCCGGUGCCCGGUAAUCCGACCCCUCCCAUCACCCCGAGCAGCUCCAUGGCCCCGCCCUACAUGUCGCCUGGAAACAGUGACGUCAAGCCAACGCCCUCUUCCUUCCUGCCUGACAUCAAACCCAACAUGGCCAGCCUGCCGCCGCCCCCUCCCACAGGUAACCCCAGCGACGACCUGCGGUUGACCUUCCCGGUUCGUGACGGUGUGGUCCUAGAGCCCUUCAGGUUGGAGCACAACCUGGCCGUCAGCAACCACGUCUUCCAGCUGCGAGACUCCGUCUACAAGACGCUCAUCAUGAGACCGGACCUGGAGCUCCAGUUUAAGUGUUACCACCACGAGGACCGACAGAUGAACACCAACUGGCCCGCCUCCGUCCAGGUGAGUGUGAACGCGACUCCUCUCACCAUCGAGCGAGGCGACAACAAAACUUCCCAUAAGCCUUUGUACCUGAAGCAGGUGUGUCAGCCUGGCAGGAACACCAUCCAGAUCACCGUCACCGCCUGCUGCUGCUCUCACCUGUUCGUCCUGCAGCUGGUGCAUCGUCCGUCGGUUCGCUCGGUGCUGCAGGGUCUGAUGAAGAAGAGGCUGCUUCCUGCAGAGCACUGUGUCACCAAGAUCAAAAGGAACUUCAGCAGCGGUUCGAUUCCCGGGACCCCCGGGUUAAACGGAGAGGACGGCGUGGAGCAGACAGCCAUCAGAGUCUCGUUAAAAUGUCCGAUCACUUUCCGCCGCAUCCAGCUGCCCGCCAGAGGUCACGACUGCAGACACAUACAGUGUUUUGAUCUGGAGUCGUAUUUGCAGCUCAACUGUGAGAGAGGAACCUGGAGAUGCCCCGUGUGCAAUAAAACCGCUCUGUUAGAAGGUCUGGAGGUGGAUCAGUACAUGCUGGGAAUCCUCAUCUAUGUUCAAAAUUCGGAGUACGAGGAGAUCACCAUCGACCCGGUGUGCAGCUGGAAGCCGGUCCCUGUGAAGCCGGACCUCCAUGUGAAGGAGGAGUCAGACGGUCCGGUGCUAAAGCGCUGCAGGACGCUCAGCCCCAGUCACAUGGUCCUGCCUAGCGUCAUGGAGAUGAUCGCGUCGCUCGGCCCCGCCCCCUCCUCCUCCACCUCCGUGGCCUCCUCCUCCUCCCCGAUGCCCUACCCCUCCCUACCCACAGGGGGCAGCAAUAACAGCAGCAACACACCUGACUACCCCGGACCAGCUCCGUCCUAUCCUGGUCAGUCCAGCAGCUUCUCAGACUUCAGCGGUCCUGGGACUCCGGGGGUUGGGGGGGACUUCUCCUCCCCCGGCCCCCCCCCUCUCUCCUACCAGUCCGAGCUCUCCAGCGCCCUCCUCACCCCCGACAAACCCCCCCCACACCCACUGGCAGGACAGAUAUCAGUCUCGGGCCGUAUGGACUCCACUUCCCAUGGUGCUCCUCUAUCCCAGCAGCAGUCGCAGGGUCUCCACGGCAACUCCCAACUGGGAGGCGGCAACCAGAUGAUGCAGCGUAGCAACCAGAAUCCCCGUCUCCAAGGCGACGGCUCCUUCGGGCUCGGGGGGUCUGCAGAGGUUCCAGAACCUUCUCUGGACCUGCUUCCUGAGCUGACCAACCCGGACGAGCUGCUGUCCUACCUCGGCCCUCCGGACCUCCCGAGCAACAACAACGACGACCUGCUGUCCCUGUUUGAGAACAACUGAACACACACACACACACACACACACACACACACACACACACACACACACACACACACACACACACACCCCUGGAGAAUUUAAACAGACUCUAAUGUAAAAAACCAACUCUCUCUCUCCUCCUCCGUCGUGGCGUGGGUCCCGCUCGGCCGGACGACACGAAGGAAACGAAACAAAAACCAACUUUUAAAUAUGAAACCUCUUUGAUGUGUGACGAUGAACUUAAUGGUAACUUUAUUUUAUUGUUUUUUUAUUCUCUGAAACUGUAUUUUGAUGCUUCAUCCUUCAUUCCCCGUCGGAGUCGACAGCAGCAAAGUGUUUUAACCACAGAUCACGUUCUCCAUCACUCUACUCUGACUCACCUCCUCCACACGGCCGCUAGCUUCUGUUCGUUUCUAUGGAAACACAGAGACCAUGAGACGUUCAGCGGUGACGAGGAGUGAACGUGACGUGUCGUUGACGGGCAGCAAGGUCCUUUUUUAAAACCAGAUUGUUUCUGGUGCAGACCAGUUUUAAAUGUGACGAUAUAAAUAGUUGAAGAUGAGCUUUAAAGGAGCAGUCCACGUCUCUUCCUGUUUUUGUUUGUUUUUCACCUGAGAUACGUGGAGACCCUGAAGGCAGCGUGAACACAGAACGACGACGAGCAGGUGAACACUCACCUUUUACACUCAGCCACAGCAGGUGACUUCAGUCAGGUUCAAGGUUUUACUGUGAAUUAAAAGAAAAAUUAUAAUAAACUCUGGAUGACGACAUUGUUUUUAUAGAAAUCCUGGGAUUUCUCACCAGAAAUGAUUUUUACUUUUAAACAUAGAAUCACAGAAACUUCUACGGUCCUGGUUUUAUUUUUGUGAAAGUAUCUUUGUGCAACAAUGAACCAUUUAAUCCUCUUUCUGUCCUUCAUUAUAUUUAAGUUGAAUCAUGUUUGACGUCUCGGUGGUUGGAUCGCUGUUGAUCCCCUCACAGCUCAACUGUAGCUGCCAGUUAAGCUUGAAGACGACGACAUGUUAAAGGGACAGUCGUGGCUGUUUGACGUGCGGUCGUGCUGCAUCACGCCGCAGCCGCAGGUCAGCUGAGAGAAUCGGGAAGCGUCGUGAUGCAGUGCACUCUGAUGGUGCGCUCGGGCGUAGCAACACGGUAGUUGAGCGGUUGACAGAUGUAGCGCCAGAGGAAAGAGCUGAAGAAAUUCUACAUGAAGCUUCAUUUAAACGGAUGUUGGAUUGCGUCAGUUUUACUGACUCACACUCGCACGUCAUCAAACCUGAACUGUCCCUUUAAUGUCGGCGUUCACACUGACAGUCGUGUGGCGUUCAUGAAGUCUGGAGCUGAGUCUCUGUUUCAGGACAGACCUUGUUCCCUGCUGGGGGUUUUUUCCCAGGGGGCAGUGGGAGCAGAUUUUGGUGAGAAUUCCCAGCAUUUUUUUUUUUUGUUUUUAUUUUUGUUAUUUUGAUUUCCUGUCAGCUGAUGGAUGUUUUUCAGAACCCUUCGUGGAAAACAAGCACUAACCUUUCAUGUUUAAGUUUCUGGUGCACAAUCGUUUCUUAUCCACGCCACAGACUUGGACCAAAGUGGAGAAACGAUCUGGUGUCUGGUGUUUACCUGAAGCUUUAUGUUACUGAACACCUGACUAACACACCUGUACCUGUCACCUGUCUGCUCCUGUGGCUCAGUGUAAAUCACACAAUUCAGCACCUGAAGUGAAAGUGUAAACGGGGCGAAAGCGACUCGACUCACUAGAACUGUUCUAACGACGUCACUGAUCUCAGCUCUGGAGCGUCGUCGGUCUCUUCCUGCGGUUGAGCCUCUGGAGAGGAGUUUAAGCUCCGCCCACCAUGAACUCAGUGAGGGGCGAUACUCGCAGGAGAAGAAGAAGAAGUGACCUCGCAGGAAACAGCUGUCUGGUCACUGCCUCAAACUGUCGGCCUGAGAUCACAGCCACAGCUUGUACAUGUGAUAAUAAACCAGAGUUCAUCUUCCUCCUCACCCUCCUCCUCCUCAUGCUCAUCAUUACUCUGUAUGUUGUAAAGUGACUAGAGUCCAGACAGUUGUGGUGUCUCCAUGUCCCAGUGAGUCCAGUGGCUUCUGGAAAAAAUAACUGUACAUGAUCACUCUGUAUGAUUCAGUAAUGAUGCUAAUAACAAUAAUAAUAAUAAUAACCUUUGUAAUUUAAUAAACACACACUGGAAAGACAGA